GUUCUCCUUCAGUUGAGAUCUACACCGGGAACCAGUCGGAACGCGUAAAGUGCGCGUCCGCGGUCGGAUCCACACACUCGGGACGGCAUCCAAAUCAACCCCGGAGGAGCUGUCAAAAAGCUGUGUUUGUGCGACAGCAAAACCCUGCCGAAAGAUCAAAUAUUCCGCUGGAAUUAGGAGGAUCUGAACAAAUCAGUGUCGUCGGUGAGUGAAGUGUGUUAUUUGUUGCAUUACAAAAGUGAAGAUGAAGCCAGUGGAGAGGGGAUUAACCAUCCGAAAUAGUCGGCGGGAGGCUAAUCAGCUUAAGUGAGCAUUAAUGUAUUCUUCACCAACAACAGUACCAAGGGAAAAAGCUUCAACACCAUCGUCAAACAUUCACCCUGCCACGCUUCACAGUUGACAACUUCAAUCAAUUUGCAGCGCGGUAAGGAUAACAUCCAAAAAGCGUAAAGAAAAGCACCCGGCAUGCCUGUGAACUCGCGCGCCGCGAAAAUGAAAAACGACGAAUAAAACACGAAACAAAAUACCAAACCAAAUAACUAGUAGAAGCACAGAGAAAAAAGCUUCCUCCAACGGAAGUGGAACAAAACACUUCCGCAUUGUCCUCCGGUUUGGAAAACUUCAUACACCGACGAGCGUCGAACAAAGAGACAGAGCGAGAGAGAGAGAGGAAAGAAUUUGCAAUCAGCCCGAAAGGAAAAAGCAAACGUGCAACACCUUUUUUGCCGCGGGAAAGGACUGAGCCCAUCACCAUCAUCGUCAUCGAGCACGGAAGCAUUCGGGCACAGGCACAGGUUGGAAUCCAUCUCCCAGACACUGGAGUACGCGAAGAAAAAUGUGUCUUCCCGUAACGAGCACCUGCUUCUCCUCCUUUUCAUCUGCUGCAAAUCGACCCGUCACCAGGUUUGGCCUGCUUUCCACCACACUGCCGCCCACGAACGGUGUGACACGCUCACGAUCCGUGCAACAGUGCCAGCCCAACCAGUCGCUUUUCAGUUAGUCUUUGCGAUGGUUUUGGACGCGCUCAUCGAUUCCUUCAUCUUCCCUUCGGUCUGCUGUCCCUUCUAACGCGCGCUACAGCCACUCCGGAAAGGCGUGAAGCACAUCCAGAAAGCAAGCUUCUUCACACUCACUUAAGGAUAAACCGGGACAGUGAAGGUGUGGGGUGAAUUAUUUCGAUCCCUGGUGGCUCGUUUUUUCCCGUUUCCGUUUUCCGCCAACCCUACACAACGCAACGGAAGCGACCGACAAAUGACACUAAAAUGAAAACGAUGCGUACAGAAUGAAGUGUGUCCGUGUGCUGUGGGUGAGGGGCAGCGAAUAAGUAGGUGAACAUCGUAAAACAAAACAAAAAAACAGGACUCCAAAGCGACGAGUCCGGAGUUGUUAGCUUUAACGCGAUGAACCAAAGCCUCGGCUCGAUGGCCUGAUAAAUGUCGUACGAACAGCCGUCGUCACCCACUCCUACUACUCGCGUGUGCUUGUGUAUGUGAUUCGUUUCAUUUUAGUGUGUGUGUCUGUGUGUGUUCUUUCGAAGAAAAGGGAACGGAACAACCCUUAAGUGACUGCGAGAACGAAUCUCUGCGCCUUACACCAAUGCAAACAGUGGCUGUCGUAUCAAAAGCACGCAAAAGCACGCGACUAUCGUGGCGCACGUGGCGCAGGACGCAGGACAGCUGGAACACAGUAGGCAAACAACAGGCGUGUUGAGUGUUAACGGCAAGAAAAAUCCAUUCAAAAGAUAACAGCGCACCCGCCAACAUCUUAUCACCAGCGCUUCGACAGCUUCGUUUCAGCCAGGGGAAAAAAAAACACUAAUAUGGCGUCAACAGCUUGUUCCACGGCGGUCACACCAGGCGGCGGAAGUAGUAGCCUCGGCGGUGGUGGAGGCGGAGGCAGUGCAGGAGGAGGAGGAGUAGGAAUCGCAAGCAUCAGCACUGGAGGAGGGGGCAGCAGCAGCAGUGGAGGCAAACGUUCUCGACUGAAUCUAGAAUCCAAAUGCUCGUCGCUGCGGAAACACCUGAGUAAGUCGGCGUCGGAGCUGAGCUGCAACGACUGUGGCGGUUCCGGUGACUCACCGCAGUCCUCACCGCAGCGGGCCCGUUCCGCCAACGUACCCACCAUACCGGCCGGUGUUCUACAGCGAACGCACGGAUUUUUCAACACACUAAGGCACCGAUGGUCACGGGGACGCAGUAAGGAACGACUUCGGGGGUCUCUUGGGCAAGACCUCGAGGGACGGCGCGACAGCCAGAGUGACUACGCGGCUGACAAUAGUUCGGCGGAGCAUAGUAGCUCCGCUACACCGCACCAGUCACCGCGGCAUCGUGCCCGGACAUUGGAAGACUCGCCACUGGCUAAAGGAGCGGAACGAAAUGCAACAAUGAGUGGCACGGGAGCGGUGGGGUCUGUCAAUGAGGGAGCAUCCUCGUCUGGGGUAGCGAGCGUGCUCAAGGUGCUCACUGCGAAGGUGGACGUGGAGGCGACCGCAGGACCUAGCGGAUUGAGUCAUUUGACAAUCGGUGGACUGCCCAAGGUUUCGGAAAUUGCUGGACCCAGUGGGAUGUCUGGACUGAGCCCGGCAGAAGAGCAACAACGAAGAAGGGAGACACAGCUUCGGCAACAUUCUUUCUUCCAGCUUCGCGUACAUCUUAUCAGUGGUCAUGGAUUGGUGGCAAUGGAUAAGAGUGGUACGAGUGAUCCCUACGUCAAGUUCAAAGUUGGAGGACGCCUGCUGUACAAAUCCAAAACCGUUCACAAAGACCUAAACCCUGUGUGGGACGAAACGUUCGUUGUGCCAGUGGAAGAUCCAUUUCAACCAAUAGUAAUUAAGGUAUUUGACUAUGACUGGGGCCUCCAGGAUGAUUUCAUGGGAUCGGCAAAGCUGUACCUCACCUCGCUGGAGCUUAACCGCGCAGAGGACCUCACAAUCAAGCUGGAGGACGCUCAGCGUGCUUCGAAAGACCUCGGCGAGCUAAAGCUAAGCGUCACACUGUGGCCAAAGACACAAGAAGACAAAGAGCAAUACUUUCAGCGCAAUCCCAAGCUGGCCGAUGCCUCCCGCCGGCUCAAGUCGCAGAUCUGGAGCUCGGUCGUCACGAUCGUGCUGAUCGAAGCCAAAGGACUCCCACCGGACGCUGAGAAUGGACUGAACGAUCUCUAUGUCAGAUUUAGGCUAGGAAAUGAGAAAUACAAGUCUAAGGCCGCUUAUCGGGCCCGCUGGUUGGAGCAGUUCGAUCUUCACCUAUUCGACGAUGAUCAGCUGCUGGAGCUGGUAGUGUGCGGGAAGUACAACACAUAUGGGAAGUGUACGAUCGAUCUGCGAGGGUUGGCUCGCGAACGCACGCACGGAAUCUGGCAACCGCUGGAGGAAUGUACCGGCGAGGUUCAUCUCAUGCUGACAAUCAGUGGCACCACCGCAUCGGAAACCAUCACCGAUCUGACGGCCUACAAGGAAGACUCCAAAGAACGCGCCCUCAUCCAGAGCCGAUACAUAUGGCACAAAUCACUUCAAAACAUGCGCGACGUUGGACAUCUUACGGUGAAAGUGUUCGGAGCGACGGGGCUAGCCGCAGCGGACAUCGGUGGUAAAUCAGAUCCGUUCGUCGUGCUGGAGCUAAUCAACGCCCGACUUCAGACGCAAACCGAGUACAAAACGCUCACUCCCAACUGGAACAAAAUCUUCACUUUCAAUGUGAAAGACAUGUCCUCGGUGCUGGAAAUCACCGUCUACGACGAGGAUCGCGACCACAAGGUGGAAUUCCUCGGCAAAGUCGUCAUACCGCUGCUAAGGAUACGCAACGGGGAAAAACGCUGGUACGCGCUCAAAGACAAAAAGAUGUACACCCGCGCCAAAGGCACCCAGCCGCAGAUUCUGCUAGAGAUGACGGUCAUGUGGAACAAGCUGCGGGCGGCACUGCGCGCUCUCGAGCCGAAGGAGGAAAAGCUGGUACAGCAGGAGGCCAAGUUCAAGCGGCAGCUCUUCCUGCGCAACGUCACCCGGCUGAAGGCCGUCAUUAUGUACUUUAUCGAAGUGGGACAGUUCGUGCAGAGCUGCUUUGAGUGGGAAUCUCCGAUACGGUCAUUUAUAGCACUCGUUUUAUGGGUCUGUGGCUGCAUCUGGUUCGAUAUCUCCACCAUCCCGGCCGUCGCCCUGCUGUACCUGCUGAAGAACUGGUUAAUUCGAUGGCUAACCGGAAGCUCCUCCCAAUCAACGGCGGACGAGUACGACGUAGCUAGCGACGACGAGGACGAAGAGGAUAAGGAGAAGGAGGAGAAGAAAACAAUCAAGGAACGGCUGCAGGCCAUACAGGAGGUGUCGCAGAGUGUACAGAACACGAUCGGGUACCUUGCCUCACUCGGGGAGAGUGUUAAAAACACUUUCAACUUCUCCGUACCGGAGCUCAGCUGGUUGACGGCUCUUCUGCUGCUGGCUGCUUGUCUAGUACUACACUACGUCCCGAUACGGGUGCUGCUGCUGCUGUGGGGUCUGGUGAAGUUCAGCCGGCGGAUCAUUCGGCCCCACAGCGUUCCCAACAAUGAGGUGCUCGACCUGCUGUCACGCGUACCGGACGACGAGGAGAUUAUCAUGUGGAGAGAGUUGCCGUUACACUCCACACCCGAACUGGCCCGGCGCGAUCCACGAAAGAAGCAUAAAGUGUCGUAAUGUUACCAAACUACCCUGAAGCGCUACUUUAGGGAUAAUCUCAAAAAGGCCCUGCACGUCAGCCGGGUCAAACCGAACGCAAAGGAUGUAUAAAAUGCAUCGAACGUGCGGCGAAGAAGAACGAAUCUCACACUGUUGCGAUGAAAUCUUGCUCCAAUUACUCGUUGUUCGCACAGCUAGCGCGUGACGGAUGCGCACCUUCUUCUUCUCCUAGCUGGAGCGUUCCUUAGGUUAGCUUCAAAUUCUUCCAUCUUCCAUGUUGCUAGUGCAGCAAAGUUUAUCAAAAAAAAACCCAAACUUAUCAAACGCUAAUCGUACCGCUACCUAAACCCCUUGCCUUGCCAGAUCGUAGUAACUAGAACAGGGCAGUCAUUCCAUUUCUAUCUCUCUCUUUCUCUCGAUAUUCUGUAGCAUCUCGUUCUCUUUCUAUGGGCUAGAAUGAAAUUUCGCUCUCUGUAGGUAACUUUCUUAACAGGCUUUUAUACUUUCUUCCAGGGAAGACAGACGGCUAGGAGUACCAAAUCUUAGUGAUAACGAUAUCAACACACAACCAACAAAGAAAACGAUGCAAUCGUCGAAAUUAGUAACUAGUAAAGCCGAAAAGAGAAGAAAAGAGUGCAUACACGUAAACAUGAGAACCCAUAAACCAUAAGGAUAAACCAUCUAUAGACUCAAUCAAAAUCUAGACAGUUUAGCUUUAGUCAAUAACCAUCAACAUCUAAAAAACGUCAGUCCUUUUAAGCGUCUUCUCUUUACAUUGCUUCCUUGACUAUUUACUAUCUAGCGAGUAGCGCGAAUCAAAGCCAACAUGCAUUGUGGUUCUUUCUCUCCCUCGCUCCUUAGCGUAGUCUUCGAACACGUUCAAUGUUUCCUCUUUCAAGCAGCAACACUUUCAUUGUUCGUCGGCCAAAUCGAUGGGAGCGAGUCCGCUGCCAAACGAUAAAUUCCGUCCAACGUAGAGACACAAGGCAAGGAAUGGGAGGUGGCACCAACAUACUUUAGCAACAGCACAGCACAGUCACAGGCUUAAUGAUUUCGUUGAGUUCGGGGGAAUGGAAAACAACAUUUGAGGGGAGGAAAGAAGCGAGCAAGGCUAUAGGAAAGAUUCAGAACGAAAACAAAAAUGGUGAUGGUAGCUAGGCAAACACAGCUUUGAGAAAUUUGAGAGAAUUUCUUGCGUAGGCGAACCCUUUUAUGUACUAGUUAGAGCAAUGUUUAUGACCAAAACACAGAUAUAGGUGGUGGAUGAUAGGCAUGCCCGCUGAGCUUAAUGAUUCAAUCGUGUACAUGUGACAAAUAAUUCGUAUUGAAUCUCAUUUUCGCAUCUUAAGAAAAUAAGUGAAGUCUAGCUGUAUCGAUUAUCUACAGAACGAUUGAGCACAUCAUAUAUUUUUUGCAUAUUUAAAGCACCGUUACGCAUUCGCUUAGCGUUCGCACCACACAAACAGUGCACUAAAAGACACAGUUUUAAUAAUGUUUCUUAGUACUUUGUUGUACUUUGUUGUUCAGCGUCAAUGCACCCCUAAGGUUAUUUAAUUGAUAUGCAUUGCUUCAAAAAGACGUACCUUGUUGCACAGGCCUUUCAAUUUAUUAUCAUAAUGCGGUUACGCAAUGCGAUAAAAUCAGUUACUAUGCACAGUUCUUGAUGUGAAAUGCCUCACACGUUAUUUGCACCAGCGAUCAACAACUAAAGCACAAGCCAUGGUUUAAAGUGAACUGAAAUUGAAAGCAGCAAUGUAUCUAAGAUAGCUUCACAGGACAGCUUUUCUUAAUGUAGCUAAGUAAAAUCUGUGUAAAAAUUAACUGCAAGCGAAAGAUCACAGCAACACCAAGCCACAAAAGAUGGAGGAUGUGAUUAAGAAAAGGCAUACAAAUAAUGCCUCACACACAGACACACCUCGUCAAUAUGAUUCCUUAUUAUCAAAGAGCACACAAACCUCUUUACUGUUAAUUAGCUAGAGUCAAAUUAUUUAGGCCAAACGUUUAAGUAAACUUCAUAGCGUAAUACGAACAAAACACCACAAACAAUCAAAUUGCGUACGGUAGGAAAGCGAAAGAGUGGACCAGGAAGAGGACAAAGCAGCUCUAGUUUUACUUACAGCUCUACUGUAUCUUUUCGUUCUUCACACACCAAAAGCAUUACGUUCCUAUAUUUGUUACUAUUGCGCGUAAACUUAACCAAACGAGAACUUCACUUUAUGUUACCCUUCGUACCGCGUUACCAAACGUACUAUAAGUUAAGCGUACACUAAACGUGCAAGCACCUUAAAAACCCGCGUCUCAUUACUUCUUCCCACUCAUGUGAUCUCAAGCUUACUACUACUUACUGAUUGCCACCGUGGCGGACGGUGGAGUAUAACAUUAACAGAGAAUAAUACUAACUUAAGUAAAGUAGCUGAACAAAUCCAGCGUAGUUAGGCGAUAUAAACAAAUUCAAAAUGCGCAUCAAGCACCGCAACAACACCCCCUUGUUGUGCGUGGAGUGUAGUUUCGAGUAUGUGUAAAAGUUAUUGACCAAAAUCGAAACACGAAAAGGGCGCAGCGCGUUAUUCCCAUAACUCUUAUCUUCUUAUCGUCACUGCAAAGUCUUCUCCCUUGUUUUCGAUUGCGACCAGAUCGCGUUUCAUUAGUCAAUCUUAAAGCAAGCACACACCAGAAGGAAAGGAGAGUUUCAUACAACUGCAACACGCCACAAUUGUACUUUCAUUCUUAAAAUCAUUGUGAUAUCGGGCAAACUAUGUUUCUUAUUCACUGUGCUCGUGAGGACAUCCUAGAGUAGAACAAAUUGUUCUUAUAUGAAUUUAACUAUUUUUUCUGUCUUCAUAUUAUGUGAUUAUCAGCCGUUAACACAGUUAAUUGAGAUGAGAUAGUUUAAACGAUUUACCUUUGGAACACUACUUUGCCUUCCCAUACAUAUUAACCUUAAUGAACUUGAUUUAAAGCAGCUUUCUAUGGCAGCAAAUGUAUCGAAAACGUAUCGCAACUAAUUCCCGUAAACACGCAUAAUAGAAUGUUAUUAGUGGCUAAUUAGGAGAAAACCCCCAAUCGUCAUUGACAUUUCGCGGACAAAAAAAAGGAUACAACAAACGAAAAAGUUAGCAAACUAUUUAAAAAAACUGAUUCUCUCUCUGCAAAAAUUCCCAUGUUGUUGCAAUCAUCCAUCUUCUAAAACACAAAGAGCAUACAUUUAUAGAAAUGGCAUCAAAUCUAACCAUUAAACAUAAGUAAAAUGAAUCACAGUUCACGCUCUCUUCAGUAUCACCAAUCAUUCAAGAAGCUUUAACUCACUCAAACACACACAGACGUUCUCACCACACAAUUGUCCCAUCAAUUGCAUAAGUAAGGUUAAACUAUUUAACAUAAACUCGACAGUCCCAUGCAUUCAUCGAUAUCGAAACGCAAACGCAAUGUAAAAACGAACAAACCCAAUCACAUUGAAUGUUCAUUCAUAGCAGAAGCAAAAGUCAGAUCAGGUCACUUACAUUGUGAAAAACGUGGAAACAAGAGAUUGUUUGUUAUGCUUAUUUGUUGUAACAAUAGACCACAUAGAAUGGCGCACCGAACAACGAUUGCCACGUGUAAGGGUGCACACGAAACGAAAUACCAAGAUUAUUACAGCGACAACCUCCUCACAGACGCAAACCUGGAGCAAUAGAUGUAAUCACACCGAUGGCAGGAAACGUGUUUUGUUUUCAUUCCCUCCCGCCCCUGUUUGGAGUUGUGUUAAGCGUUCGUCCGUUGGAUAUACAAUUUACCUUAACUUUACACACACAUACACACACAUACUGAUACGAUCUUAAAAUAAGCAAAAAGGUUUUUUUCAAUUUUUAACACUUUUUUUAGGUAAUAAAAAACCGGAACGAAUACACACAA